AUGAGUAGCACCCUCUCCCCCACCGACUUCGACAGCCUGGAGAUCCAGCAGCAGUACAACGACAUCAACAACCGCUGGGAAGUCGCUGAUGAAGACUGGGACAAUGAGAACAGCUCGGCCCGGCUCUUUGAGCGCUCCCGCAUCAAGGCACUGGCAGAUGAGCGGGAGGCCGUGCAGAAGAAAACCUUCACCAAGUGGGUCAACUCGCACCUGGCCCGAGUCACCUGCCGCAUCAGUGACCUCUACAGUGACUUGCGGGAUGGGCGGAUGCUGCUCCGUCUGCUGGAAGUGCUCUCAGGGGAGCAGCUGCCCAAGCCAACCAAGGGCCGAAUGCGCAUCCACUGCCUGGAGAACGUGGACAAGGCCUUGCAGUUUCUGAAGGAGCAGCGUGUCCACCUGGAGAACAUGGGCUCUCACGACAUCGUCGACGGCAACCACCGCCUCACGCUGGGCCUCAUCUGGACCAUCAUUCUCCGCUUCCAGAUCCAGGAUAUCAGCGUGGAGACAGAGGACAACAAGGAGAAGAAGUCCGCCAAGGAUGCCUUGCUUCUAUGGUGUCAGAUGAAGACAGCUGGGUAUCCAAACGUGAAUGUGCACAACUUCACCACCAGCUGGAGGGAUGGCCUGGCGUUCAAUGCCAUUGUCCACAAGCACAGGCCAGACCUGAUAGACAUCGACACCCUGAAGAAAUGCAACGCACACUACAACCUCCAGAAUGCCUUCAAUGUUGCCGAAAAAGAGCUAGGCCUCACCAAGCUUUUGGACCCCGAAGAUGUGAACGUGGACCAGCCUGACGAGAAGUCCAUCAUCACCUACGUGGCCACCUACUACCACUACUUCUCCAAGAUGAAGGCCUUAGCCGUGGAAGGGAAACGGAUCGGGAAGGUGCUAGAUCACGCCAUCGAGGCCGACAAGCUGAUCGAGAAGUACGAGACCCUCGCAUCGGACCUCCUGCAGUGGAUCGAGCAGACUAUUCUCACACUGAAUGACCGGAAGCUGGCCAAUUGCUUGAGUGGGGUGCAGAACCAGCUGCAGGCCUUCAACACCUACCGCACCGUUGAGAAGCCCCCCAAGUUCACAGAGAAGGGCAAUCUUGAAGUUCUGCUCUUCACCAUCCAGAGCAAAAUGAGGGCCAACAACCAGAAGGUUUAUAUGCCACGAGAGGGGAGGCUCAUUUUCGACAUCAACAAGGCCUGGGAGCGGCUAGAGAAGGCGGAGCACGAGCGGGAGCUGGCCCUGCGCAACGAGCUGAUUCGGCAGGAGAAGCUGGAGCAGCUGGCGACCCGCUUCGACCGCAAGGCGGCCAUGCGGGAGACCUGGCUGAGCGAAAACCAACGCCUCGUCUCCCAGGAUAACUUUGGUUUGGACAUUUCGGCGGUGGAGGCGGCGGUGCGGAAGCACGAAGCCAUCGAGACGGACAUUGUGGCCUACAGUGAGCGGGUGGCGGCUGUGAAUACCGUGGCGACGGAGCUGGAGGCCGAAGGCUACUACGACAUCAAGCGGGUGCUGGCGCGGAAGAACAACGUGGCGCGGCUCUGGGAUUACCUGCGCGAGCUGGUGGCGGCCCGCCGCGAGCGCCUGUCGCUGCAUUUUGAGUUGCAGAAGAUGAUGCAGGAUGUGACUUAUCUCAUGGACUGGCUGGAGGAGAUGAAGGGCCGCCUCCAAUCUCAGGACUUUGGCAAACAUUUGCACGGUGUGGAGGAUCUGCUGCAGAUCCAUGCGCUGGUGGAGGCCGAUAUCGCCGUCCAAGCCGAGCGGGUGAAAGCCAUCGGUGCUGCCGCCCAGCGCUUUGCUACUCCUGGAGAAGGGUACAAACCCUGCGAGCCCCACCUGGUGCAAGAGCGGGUGGCCACCCUGGACCGAUGCUACCAAGAGCUGGUGGCCCUGGCGGCGCGGCGGCGGGCCAAGCUAGAGGAGUCGCGCCGCCUGUGGAAGUUCUUCUGGGACAUGGGUGAGGAGGAGGCCUGGAUCCGAGAGCAGAGCCAGAUUGUCUCCUCGGACGACUUCGGCAAGGACCUGACGAGCGUGCUGCGGCUCACCAGCAAGCACAACGCCUUCCGCGAUGAGAUGAGCGGCCGGGCCGGGCCGCUGCAGCAGACCAUCGCCGAGGGCCGCCAGCUGGUCGCCGAGGGCCACUUUGGGGCCACCGAGGUGGCCGCGCGGAUCCGGGAGCUGGAGGAGCAGUGGGCGCAGCUGGAGGCACUGGCGGGCGAGCGGGAGCGCCGCCUCCGGCAACACUCCAACUUCUACCACUUCCAGGCUGACACCAACGACAUGGAGGCCUGGCUGCUGGAUGCUCUGCGCCUGGUCUCCAGCUCGGAGGUUGGCCAUGAUGAGUACUCCACCCAGAGCCUGGUGAAGAAGCACAAGGACGUCGAGGAGGAGAUCCACAACCACCGGCCUACCCUGGAUGCUCUGCACGAGCAGGCCCGAAGCCUGCCGCCCGCCUUUGCCACCUCGCCCGAGGUGGACGGGCACCUGCCGGCCCUGGAGCAGCGCUACGAGGAGUUGGCCGCCCUGGCCGAGCACCGCAAGAGGGCCCUGCAGGACGCCCUCAACCUCUAUCAGAUGUUCAGCGAGGCGGAUGCCUGUGGGCUCUGGAUUGGCGAGCGGGAGUAUUGGAUUGAGACGAUGGAUGUGCCCGAGAAGCUGGAGGACCUUGAAGUGGUCCAGCAAAGGUUUGAGACGCUGGAGCCAGAGAUGAACAAUUUGGCCUCCCGCAUUGCGGCCGUGAACGAGAUUGCCAGCCAGCUUUUGGGCACGGACCACCGGAACAAGGACAGUAUCCAGGCAACCCAGGAGCAGCUCAAUACCAGGUGGCAGCAGUUCCAAGCCCUGGCCAGCCGGAAGAAAGAGGCCUUAACCUCGGCGCUCAGCAUCCAGAACUACUACCUGGAGUGCAACGAGACCAAGGCCUGGAUGCGGGAGAAAACCAAGGUGAUCGAGUCCACCCAGGGCCUGGGCAACGACCUGGCGGGCGUCAUGGCCCUGCAGCGCAAGCUGGCAGGCAUGGAGCGGGACCUGGAGGCCAUCCAGGGCAAAGUGCGGGAGCUGCGCGAGGAGGCCGCCCGGCUGGCGGAGCAGCACCCGGGGCAGGCCACCGCCAUCUUGGACCGCCUGUCGGAAAUCGACCGCACCUGGGAGGAGCUGCGGGAGUGUAUGCGCCGCCGCGAGGAGUCGCUGGGUGAGGCCAGCAAGCUGCACGGCUUCCUGCGCGACCUGGACGACUUCCAGGCCUGGCUGCUGCGCACCCAGACAGCCAUCGCCUCGGAGGACGUCCCGGCCACCCUGCCCGAGGCGGAGCGCCUCCUGAGCCAGCACGAGACGAUCCGCAAUGAGGUGGAGCACUACAAGGCGGACUACCGGCGCCUGCGGGCCAUGGGGGAGGAGGUGACCCAGGGCCACACCGAUGCCCAACACAUGUUCCUGCAGCAGCGGCUCCAGGCCCUGGACACCGGCUGGAAUGAACUGGGCCAGAUGUGGGAGAACCGGCACCAGCUGCUCUCACGGGCCUACGGCUUCCAGCUCUACCUGAGGGACACCAAGCAGGUGGAAGGGGUGCUCAGCAACCAGGAGUACAUGCUAACACAUACAAGCAUGCCCAACUCCCUCCAAGCUGCCGAGGCUGCCAUUAAAAAACACGAGGAUUUCAUGACCACCAUGGAAGCCAACGGGGAGAAGAUCAAGGGGCUGGUGGACUCGGGACGGAAGCUGAUCAUGGAGGACGGCCUCCACUCUGACAAGAUCCAGGAGAAGGUCAACUCCAUCGACAGCAGGCACAGGAAGAACCAGGAAGCGGCCCAAGAGCUGCUGGCCCGGCUCCGGGACAACCGGGAGCUGCAACAUUUCCUGCAAGACUGCCAAGAGCUGACCUUGUGGAUCAACGAGAAAAUGCUCUCAGCUCAGGACAUGUCCUAUGACGAAGCCCGGAACCUCCACACCAAGUGGCAGAAGCACCAGGCCUUCAUGGCAGAGCUGGCCUCCAACAAGGGGUGGCUGGAGAAGAUCCAGAAGGAGGGGGAGCAGCUGGUGGCCGAGAAGCCGGAGCUGGAGCCCGUGGUGAGGGCCAAGCUGGAUGGCCUGCAGCGGCUCUGGGAGGAGCUGGAGUCGAGCACCCAGAGCAAAGCCCAGUGCCUUUUUGACGCCAACCGGGCCGAGCUCUUCACCCAGAGCUGCUCCGCCCUGGAGGCCUGGCUGAGCGGCCUGCAGGCCCAGCUGCACUCGGACGACUAUGGCAAGGACUUGACCAGCGUCAACAUCUUGCUCAAGAAACAGCAGCUGCUGGAGAACCAGAUGGACGUGCGGGAGAAGGAGGUGGACGGCCUCAAGGCCCAGGCGCUGGCUCUCAGCCAGGAGGACUCCAACACGGUGGAGGUGGACGGCAAGCUGCGGACCGUGGAGGACAAGUUUGUGGAGCUGCGGGCGCCGCUGCGGGAGCGCUGCGAGAAGCUGCUGGCCUCGAAGGAGGAGCACCAGUUUAACCGGGACCUGGAGGAUGAAAUCUUGUGGGUGAAGGAGCGCAUGCCCAUGGCCAUCUCCACCGACCACGGCAAGGACCUUUCCACUGUCCAGCUGCUGAUCAAAAAAAACCAGACCUUGCGGAAGGAGAUCCAGGGCCACCAGCCGCGCAUCAACGACAUCGUGGGGCGGUGGCAGCGGCUGCCGUGCAGCGACUUGGAGGCCGAGCUCCAGGGCCGCGUGGAGGCCUUGCAGGAGAUGUGGCAGGAGCUGCAGAGCCAGGUGGAGCAGCGGCACGGGCGCCUGGAGCGGGCCCAGAUGGCCCAGCAGUUCUACUUCGACGCUGCCGAGGCGGAGGCCUGGAUGGGCGAGCAGGAGCUGCACAUGAUCUCUGAGGAGAAGGCCAAGGACGAACUGAUUGCUCAGGCCAUGGUGAAGAAACAUCUUGUGAUGGAGCAGGCCCUGGAGGACUACGCCCAGACCAUCCACCAGCUCUCCAUCCAGAGCCGUGACAUGGUCAACAAGGGGCACCCGGAGAGCGAGCGGAUCAACCUCCGGCAGGGCCAAGUGGACAAGCUCUACGCCAGCCUCAAGGACCUGGCCGAGGAGCGCCGGGCCAAGCUGCAGGAACAGCUCCGCCUCUGCCAGCUGAAGCGGGAGGUGGACGACCUCGAGCAGUGGAUCUCCGAGCGGGAGGUGGUGGCUGCCUCCCACGAGCUGGGGCAGGACUACGAGCACGUCACGAUGUUACGGGACAAGUUCCGGGAAUUCUCCCGCGACACCAGCACCAUCGGCCAGGAGCGGGUGGACGGCGUCAACCAGCUGGCCGACGAGAUGAUCUCCGCCGGCCACUCGGAGAAUGCCACCAUUGCCGAGUGGAAGGACAGCCUCAACGAGGCCUGGGCGGACCUCCUGGAGCUCAUCGACACCCGGAGCCAGAUGUUGGCAGCCUCCUAUGAGCUGCACCGCUUCUACCACGACGCCCGUGAGACCCUCAGCCAGGUGCAGAACAAGCAGAAGCAGCUGCCUGAUGAAGUGGGGCGCGACCUCAACACUGCCGAGGCCAUGCAGCGGAUGCACAGCGCGUACGAGCAUGACAUCCAGGCGCUCAGCACCCAGGUGAAGCAGGUGCAGGACGACGCGGCCCGGCUGCAGAAGGCCUACGCGGGCGAGAAGGCGGACGACAUCCGGCGGCACGAGCAGUCGGUGAGCGAGGCCUGGUCCGACCUUCUCAACAGCAGCAGCGGCCGCCGGCAGCUGCUCCUGGAUACCGUCGACAAGUUCCGCUUCUUCCACAUGGUGCGUGACCUGCUGCUGUGGAUGGACGGGGUCAACCUCCAGAUCGACGCCCAGGAGAAGCCCAGGGACGUGUCGGCCGCCGACCUGGUCAUCAAGAACCACCAAAGCAUCAAGGCCGAGGUGGAGGCCCGGACCGACAGCUUCAACCUCUGCGUCGCCACGGGCAAUGAGUUGCUGGCCAAGGGCCACUAUGCCUCUGACAAGAUAGGAGAGAAGCUGACCCAGCUGCAGGACCGGCGCCGGGAGAUCAACGAUAAAUGGCGGGAAAAAAUGGACUGGUUACAGAUCGUCAUGGAGGUGCUGAUGUUCGGGCGGGAUGCCAGCAUGGCCGAAGCCUGGCUCUCCAGCCAGGAGCCGAUCGUGCGCUCGGCGGAACUGGGCGGCAACGUGGACGAAGUGGAGAACCUCAUCAAGCGCCACGAGGGGUUCCAGAAGUCGGCGGCAGCCUGGGAGGAGCGUUUCCUUGCCCUGGAGAAACUCACCACGCUGGAGGAGAAUGAACGUCGCCGGCGUGAGCAGGAGGAAGCGCGGAAACGGAGGCCUCCGACGCCACCUGCGCCAGAACCGGUAGCCAUGAUAGCCCUGACUCAGAACCUGGAGAGGCAGCAGGCCUCUAGGAAUGGCCACGACAACCGGACUCCAGGGGAGCAAGACCUGUCGCUGGAGCUGCCGUCUCUGAAUGGGAUCGACCACGAUUCUGAGUCUACCCAGAUUUCCGAGACAUCUGGUCAGGUCAACGGGUCGCGGCUAGACUCGGGGUCCAAAGGGAAGGAGCCCAGUCCGUCUCCGUCACCCAAGCUCCAGUCCAAACCGCCUGCCCUCAGCACCGACUCCACCCAGUCCGCCACACUGCCUCUACGGACGCCGGACUCUUCGGCCCCGGAGCAGAUGGAAGGGAUGCUGUAUCGGAAGCAGGAAAUGGAAUCUCACGGCAAAAAGGCAGCGAACAGGUCAUGGCAGAACAUCUACUGCAUCGUGCGGAAGGGCAGUCUGGGCUUCUACAAGGACAACAAGAACGCCAGCAAUGGCAUCCCCUACCACGGAGAGGUGCCCGUCAGCUUGCAGGGAGCACAGUGCAGCGUUGCUCUGGACUACAAGAAGCGCAAGCACGUCUUCAAGCUCGGGCUCACAGAUGGCAAAGAAUAUUUAUUCCAAGCUAAGGAUGAGGCCGAGAUGAGCAGCUGGAUGCGAGUCAUCAACACCACAGCGGCCUGCGCGCCGACGCCACAAGGCCCCCCCGCGGAGGAUCAAGCGCCCCUCAUCAGCAAAGGCAUGACGCGGGCCCUGAGCCUGCCUCCCGUCUCCCCCAACAGCGCCCCGGAAGGCCCCGUCACGCUGCGCAGCAAAGAGACCAAGGAGAAAGACCGCGAGAAGCGCUUCAGCUUUUUCAAGAAGAGCAAAUAAGGGGCCAGCCGUGGGGAAGGAGGGCUGCCGCCGCUGAGCCUGGACCGAACUGAGGCCAGGGCCAGGGGCGCGGGGGGCUUUGGACCUGGGGGAGCUGGGCCCGGCGCCGCUGCCAGAGGCCACCCCGGCUCUGUUUUCUUCCCAGUCCUACGGAUUGCAUGAAGCGUCUCCCAACUUCUAAGGAAUGCCUCUUCCCCUGCCCCGGAGAAAAAGGAAGCCAUGCUACCCCAGUCAAAGCAUCUCGUAUUUGCAGGGGGGGGGCGCAUUGGGUGUGGGGGGGUGUCGGAAGGGGUUGCCAAACUCUGGGCGUUGUGAACGGAUGGGCAGCUGCGUUGCCAGGGGUGUGUGCGUGGGGGGGGGGCUGUCAUUGGCUGUUCUGUCCGUGCAGGGGCUGCUGGUCUUUGGGGGUGGCCAGGAGGCCCUGCGCAGGUGUGCACAGCUCGGUGGGGCGGGGAGCAGCUGGUGUGGGCGGAGGGCGCUUUCUGUGCCCCAGAAAUCUCCUUUUUGCCGGGGAAAUGCUCCCGCCUCCUCUCCCCAGCCCCGUUCCUCUUUCCUGCUGCUGCCAGGAUGGUCCGGCUUUCUUCCCAUCGGGAAGCGGCCCCCAUUUCCAGCACAGAAGGGUGGCAGGCAGGGGCCAGGCCUCGCGGAGGGGGGGGGCGGGGAGACCAAGUGGGCUUGGAGGGAGAGCCUGUUUUCCCGGAGACAGUCCUGGACUCGCCCUGAAUGAACCUCACGCUGGCACGCCCAGUGCCUUAGGACAGGGGUUCCCGGUCGUUGCAGCUGGGGGUGAUGGGAGUUGUAGUCUAACAACACCUGAGGGGUCCCCAAGGCUGGGAGGCCCUGCCUUAGAAUAUGGAGCUGCUACUGAGGAGGAGAGGGUGUUCCCCCCCCCCCGGCAAAAAAGGACGCCAUGGACGCGGCCUUCCCGCCCCACUGCAUUUCUCCCCACUUCCAGCUUAGAACCAGGCUGAGGUGGGCAGGGAUUAUGUGGGGGGAGAGAAACAAAAGCAUGCUCCCCCCACACACACAGACACGCCCCACACAAACACGACUCCCCUGCUACAGGCCAGUCCGCCGUUCCACACAGGACUCUGCCACUGGCCCAUGUAAUAAGGGCCCUAGCCUUCCCUCCGCAGCCCCCCCUAACCCCCCCCCACAGCACCUUUGGACCACACAAAGUUGUGACUUGGAUCACAUGAUUGGCCUCUGGCGUCCUUGAUCUCCUAAGCUGCACCCGCACAGAGAGCAAGUGAGGAUCAGGAUGGUGGCCGGAGGUAGGCGAAAAGCUCCCUACCCAGUCUGGUCUGCCCCGCUUGCCUGCUGUCUAUAGGGCGCAGGGUGGGGGAACACACUGGGUUUAAUCAUGUGUUUAAAGUCAUGCCCAGUAAGGCUCAAGUCCUGGUUUGUUCUGAGGCACACAGUAGCAGGAAGUUCCACAGUGCGGGAGACCAGCUGUAGUCUUGUCUUGUCCAGCCUCAGGGAAGCUCUCGAACAGCGCAUGAUGGAGCAAGAGAACCUCCUACUGUUAGGCCCCAGCAUCCAGUCCGCGGAGGUAGCCUGCCUCUGAACAUGGAGGUUCCACUCUUGGCUCUCUGGGCCCAAGACUGCGUGACCCUGCCAGCUGCGAGGGCCCAACAGCCCUCUGUUCCAAGAGCCCCGGAAUUCAAAGCGGGUAGAGACAGUUUGUGGAGAAAGCCCUGGAAUUGCCGACACUCUGGGGCCUUUUGGGGAAGAGGGCACAGGAGACUCUACUUCUGAAAGCUGUAUUCGGAGGAGCUGGCACAGCGUAGGGUGGCUGUUGGAAAAGAGGCAUCACUUUGCCAGCUGGUCGGAAUGGAAGCUGCACCGUCAGCCUUGCUGGCCGCACUGGGAUCUUCAGCUGCCCCAUCUCUGCAGGAGCGGAUCCUGUGUCCCACAGUGCUGCGUUCCUGCUCUUCUCCCUUCCCCAUCCGGUUUCUGACCUGUGCCUUCCUGCCAUCCUCCCUCUCUCUCCAUACCAAGAUAGGAAUGCCUCUCCUGUCCCUUGCCCACCCAAGGAGGCAGGGCCCAAGACCCCGGAAACUGCCUGCUUCCCUGUGGAAGGAGUAAUUGCAAAGGGGGUGGCGGGGAAGUUGUUUCCGAGGCUGGGGGCCUGGCGAAAAACGAGGUGCUCCUGCCUUCCCAGCAUGCCCAGCGAGGACCUCUGCUCCUGGCGGUGUCCUGGUGGUAUUUCUGUGCUUGUGGGAGACAUUAUUCACGUGUUUGCAGUGGCAUCUGUUCCAACUUUUUUUUUUUUUGGACAGAAAUAAAAAGAAUCUGUGUA